UAAAUAUAAAUUUCAUGUUAGUAAACUUACUUUACUUACCUUUUAUCGUUUCGAGAUGUUAUGCCCGUUUUUCGAGCCUUUCAGGCUUUCAGCCGUCCUGGCGAAUAUUUUGUAAUGGCAACACUGACAUCCAGUCCAUCAAGGAAGUGCAAGGAGGCUACUCGCCAAAAAUAAUACAUUUUCGUUAUUUUUAUUUUAUACAAAUCUAAUUAUUUGUUAUAAAUGUAGUCGCAAACGUUACUUAGCUAGUCAACUAGGUUUCACACAAUGUUAAAAAUUGAAAGUGAAAUUGUGUUUGACAGAAGAAAACUAGGCAGGUGUGACAGCAAGAAUACCGCAUAGAGGAUUUCAAGGGGAAAAAAUAUAGAAUCUGACCCAGUUUGGUUUUUUAAUGCUGAAUAUGGGUAAAAGUGAGCUGAGCCUGGAUUCGGCGAGUGUUUCAGUCGGGAGCGCCUUGGCAAAUCGUCGUCAUAACAUUUGACCCAGUUAGUGGCUGUGCGUUGACCUAUACCAUGGAACUGUAUGCGGACUGAGGCACGAUGUUAUUUUUAGGAUACAGCUUUGCAGAUAAUUAAAUAUUUAUAGAUGCUGUACGCGAUACUAGAUCGGAAAACAGAUAACAAACGAAAGUUUCCUUGACCUUUUCCUCUGCAGAAUGGUGAAGAAUGUACAUAUAAUGGGAUAGCUAUAAGAAACUCCUGGCAAGAAAUACCAUAUAAUGCACAUAGAAAGAAGAUGACUUCCUCACAAGGGAUCAAUUUACUCAUAGCACUAUUUACACACACACACCGCGCAAUUCUAUGACUGUAAAAUGAAGGAACAAUUCUAAAUUCGAAAAGUCAUAUCAAAUCCAAAAGUUAUAACUGUUCUUACAAUGGUUACUUAGGUUUCAGUGUUUGGUGUAGGGUUUGUGGCUCGCCUGGGCUGGUAUAGGGCCAAGUGCCACGUGGACCCGCAGGAGUUAUGAAGAAGCAAAAUGUUCGAACUCUAUCGUUGAUUGUGUGUACAUUCACAUACUUGUUGGUUGGUGCGGCGGUUUUCGACGCUCUCGAGUCUACUACGGAGAGGAACAGAUUUGAAGUUUUACAGGCAAUUGAAGGCAUGAUAAUCCGGAAGUACAACAUAACGGAAGAGGACUUCCGCGUGAUGGAGACGGUGGUGCUGAAAUCGGAGCCGCACAAGGCCGGCCAGCAGUGGAAGUUCACCGGCGCCUUCUAUUACGCCACAACCGUGCUUACUACCAUUGGCUACGGGCACUCGACGCCCGCGACGGUCGGCGGCAAGUUGUUCACGAUGUUCUACGCGAUCGUUGGGAUCCCCCUCGGCCUCAUCAUGUUCCAGAGCAUUGGUGAACGGGUUAACAGGCUUAGCAGCGUCAUAAUAAAGUCCCUGAAACACGCGAUGAACUGCAAAGCCACCAGCGCGUCUGAGGUGGACCUCAUAUGUGUGGUGACGACUUUAUCGUCGCUCACAAUCGCUGGUGGAGCCGCGGCGUUCUCCAAGUUUGAGGGUUGGAGCUACUUUGACAGCGUUUACUAUUGCUUCAUCACGCUUACAACUAUCGGUUUUGGCGACAUGGUAGCCCUACAAAAGGAUAACGCGCUCAACCGGAAGCCCUCGUACGUGAUGUUCGCUCUCAUCUUCAUCCUGUUCGGGCUGGCCAUAGUGGCCGCCUGUCUCAACUUGUUGGUGCUGCGGUUCGUCACCAUGAACACGGAGGACGAGAAACGAGACCAGGCUCAAGCGGAACAGGCGCAGCAAGUGGCGGUGCGAUUAGAAGGCGACGUGAUCACGGCCGACGGGGCGGUGCUGCGCGGCGUCGCGCGCGGCACGCGCCUCCCGGCCUCCGGGCAAGAAAUAGGCACUAGCGACACGUCCAUGAUGCCCCUGUAUGUCGACGACGAGUACCCUCCGAGCGUCUGCAGCUGCGCAUGCAACUGCUUUGGACCUAACAAAUCAAUGCUCUACCGGGACCCUUUGUCCCCCGUGCCGCCGACCAACAUGAAGCAAAUCAAAACCAAGAGCUACCGCGAGCUCGGCAACCUGCCGCGCUACAUCGAGAAAGCCUCCAAGGAUCGCAGCCAGUCGCUGCGGCUUAACUCUGCCUCCGGCUAUCUGUACAUGAACGCUAAAACCAACAGCUUCCAACUCGAACCCGACGACUUUAGGGAAAUCGUUGCCAAGCGCAGAGAACAACUCCGGAAAGGCAUGAUGAUGUACGAAAUGAGCUGCAACAAUAAUGGACUCCAUCCGUACAGACACAGCGCUAGCACCAGAGUCGAGACCAGCCCGCACAGCUCAUCGCUCUACUCCAUGAACAUGAGAUCAGACAACCGAAGCAAUGAUCCGCUCGUCGAUGACUACGACUCAGAAAAAUCUAGCUAUGCCCGGAAGAAAUUAUUAAAAAACAUAGCGAGAAACACUUGCAGACAGGAGAAUUAUUUCUACGACGAUGCGGUGUUGCAUUUUGAUGAUGAGUACGCCUUCGAUGGCUCGAUACUGUUCGCUAAGCGGAGAAAAUCAGUAGAUAGGAACUGGGAUUUUGCCAUGCCGAAGCAAGAUCCGGACCAAAUAUCCAACGAAAGCUUCGGGUACUACCUGCCUGAUGAUGACGACUUGGAGCAGUACUACGCUAAUGACACUCUAACGUUCAACCUGCCACCACACCGUGCGAGCAUUUAGUGAUGUGCGAAACAGUUGUG